UAAGUUUCUGUCACCGGUUGGUUUUCUAGCAUCUUCCUUCAAACACCUUGCUUCCCACCAGAGAUUGAUUAUUUGCGUGCCUGAGUGAGUCGCCGUCUCCCAACAGAUAUCAGAAUCAGGUUCUCUCUGUGUGGAUCCUUCUAGCGCCUUGCUAAGUAUCGUCCUUGCAGAAGAGUUGGGAUUAUACGAUUCUCGGUCUGAAGUCGGACGGGACUUGUGAAUUUUCCUGUGGACCAACGCAGGUGCUUCCACCUGAUUUCAACUUGCUGAUACCCAUACAUGGUGACAGCAGUGCACAGCGCAGCCCUACCAUCCGAACUAUUGGCAAUUCUCAAGAAAGACUGCGACAAGCCGGAACACAAGGGGUUGCCACCGACUCAACUGCAGCUGACUCUAGAAUGGAUGUGAGAAGAGCAACUCGAGCAACGAGCCGAUACCAUUGGGUUCAUGCUCGCGAUCAUCUAAAUCAACAGCGCAGACCUGAAACUGCAAGGUGUGGUCCAGGUCCUUUGUUACCCAUGAAAAGGACAGCAUCUGUUCAGCAAGAAGACCAAACAAAGCCGUUAGCCAAACGACGCAGGCCUGAGGUGGAAGUUAAAGCGGAAACAUUCAAAUUUCAGUCGCUGAAUAAAAUUGGUCAUACAAUUUGUUUCACCAAGAAGCCUCUGUCAAUGCCGUCUUCAUUUGCUCAGAGGCGGACAUCAUCAUCUGCUCAAAGGCAGACAUCAUCAUCUGCUCAAAGGCAGACACUACCAUCGUGCCCUCUUCAGUCCAGUGGGCUGUCCGUCAAGGAGCUAAGAGCCAAACGCUUUUCCAAGCAACAGCAGCUCCAGCAGCAGCGUCAGCAGGACACAGAACAAGAACAGAGAAGAGAACCCUGGGCUAAGGUGCACGCCAGCAGCAAGCCACAAAAGCCUGUUGAUGUUCCAGCGACCCCACCAGCGUCCACCGCUGCUGGUCUUCACAUCAAGUCUUUAGAUGAAAUCCUUGCUGAGAAACGCAAGCAUCGCGAGACCAUUAGUGACAGCACUGUUUCUGCAGCAGGCACCUGUCAAAGGAGACCGGCCGAUAGUCAGACUUCCACUAUUCAAAGGAGACCGGCCGAUUCAACCAGCAAGGAAUCCCCAUCAGUAAUUGUCAUUUCAGCAAGCAAGAGUGUAUGUAGUUCAGUACUGAGUACUGCACCUACCAAGAGUUCCACUCCAGCUGCACCACCUGCUAAGAUAACAAGACUCAGCAAUCAUUCGUCUGCUAAGGAGGAAAGCCCAGCCACUAAGAAGGUGUCCCAAAGUGAAGGAAGUGAAGUUACUUCCACUGCUGAUACUACUACUAUGAAGUCCGAUGCCAAGUCUGAAUUUGAUUGGCUCGAUGACAUCGACCUGCUUGAUGACGAUGCAUUUGAGAAAGCGAUGAGAGAAUUUGUUGGUGACGUAAUCUACGUCCACUUGAAUAAGCCAGACCUUGACAAAACAGUCAACAGCGACGAUCUACUCCUGGAAGCGGAGCUGAUGAUUUAGACUAAGAGAACUGUUGUGUAUUUCCACAUUACGCAGUGUGCUCACCAUUUGCCAUGCCUACACCA